AUGUGCUGCUUCUCUGUCGGCUUAUCGGUCAGGCCGUCUGCUUCUCUGUCGGCUUAACGGUCAGGCGCUCUGCUUCUCUGUCGGCUUAUCAGUCAGGUGGUCUGCUUCUCUGUCGGCUUAUCAGUCAGGUGGUCUGCUUCUCUGUCGGCUUAUCAGUCAGGCCUUCUGCUUCUCUGUCGGUUUAACGGUCAGGCCAUCUGCUUAUUCAUUAAGUGAUGCUAUGUUUGUUUUUCCUGGAUUUUAGAGUUUGGGACAAUGUGUUGGAAUACUUUUUUCCCCCAUUGAACGCCUAGGUCCAAUAGCCAUGGUUCGCCACUGGAUUAUGGUAAUUGCUAGUAUUGUGUUAGAGUAAUGUAAUUGUCUCACCGAAGGACUUGGUCCGGGACAUUCCUCGGGGCAGCUGCAUGGUGGCUUUCUCCAGACCCAGGGAAACACCUGGAGGAACAGGCAUGCCCUGCCGCUCAAACAAAGACUGACACACACACAGACACACACACACACACACACACACACACACACACACACACACACACACACACACACACACACACACACAGUGAGAGUAUGCCUGGGAUCACAUGCGUUUUAAAGAGACAGCACCUGUCUGAAUCAGUAGUGAAACGUGACUGAGUGAAUCAGUAGUGAAUUGUGACUGAGUGAAUCAGUAGUGAAUUGUAACUGAGUGAAUCAGUAGUAUAUCGUGAAUCAGUAGUAAAUCAUGAUUGAGUGACUCAGUAGUAUAUCUUGACUGAGUGAAUCAGUAGUAAAUCGUGACUGAGUGAAUCAGUAGUAAAUCAUGACUGAGUGAAUCAGUAGUAAAUCAUGACUGAGUGAAUCAGUAGUAAAUCAUGACUGAGUGAAUCAGUAGUAAAUCAUGACUGAGUGAAUCAGUAGUGAAUCGUGACAGAGUGAAUUGUGACUGACUGAACCAGUAGUGAAUCAUGACUAAGUGAAUCAGUAAUGAAUCGUGAUUGAGUGAAUGGGUAGUGAAUCGUGACUCAUCAGACUUACAUUGAUCUCUUGCUGAGUAAUUCGUCUGCUGGUUGGCCGCUGCUUCACGGUGGCCGUUCUGUAGUCCGCCUCCGAGGGGCGUUUUCUCAUCACCACCUCCUGGGAGCCAGUCAGCAUCUCCUCAAGCUUUUCUGAAAUGCAACAAAGUACACAGUAGAGCGCUACAUAGCACUACACAGUACAACACAGUACAACAGAGUACUACAGAGCGCUACAUAGCGCUACACAGCACUACACAGUACUACACAGUACUACACAGCACUACACAGUACAACACAGUACAACACAGUACUACACAGCACUACACAGUACAACAGAGCGCUACACAGCACUACACAGUAAUACAACCCAGCACUACACAGUACAACAGAGCGCUACACAGCACUACACAGCACUACACAGCACUACACAGUACAACAGAGCACUACACAGCGCUACACAGCACUACACAGUACAACAGAGCGCUACAUAGCACUACAUAGCACUACACAGUACAACAGAGCGCUACACAGCACUACACAGUACAACAGAGCGCUACACAGUACUACACAGUACAACAGAGCGCUACACAGUACUACACAGUACAACAGAGCACUACACAGCACUACACAGUACAACAGAGCGCUACAUAGCACUACACAGUACUACACAGUACUACACAGUACAACAGAGCGCUACAUAGCACUACAUAGCACUACACAGUACUACACAGCACUACACAGUACAACAGAGCGCUACAUAGCACUACAUAGCACUACACAGUACAACACAGUACUACACAGCACUACACAGCACUACACAGUACAACACAAGUACUACACAGUACAACAGAGCGCUACAUAGCACUACACAGUACAACACAGUACAACACAGUACUACACAGUACAACAGAGCGCUACAUAGCACUACACAGUACAACAGAGCACUACACAGCACUACACAGUACAACACAGUACAACAGAGCGCUACAUAGCACUACACAGCACUACACAGUACAACACAGUACUACACAGUACAACAGAGCGCUACAUAGCACUACACAGUACAACACAGUACAACACAGUACUACACAGUACAACAGAGCGCUACAUAGCACUACACAGCACUACACAGUACAACACAGUACUACACAGUACAACAGAGCGCUACAUAGCACUACACAGUACAACACAGUACUACACAGUACUACACAGUACAACAGAGCGCUACAUAGCACUACACAGCACUACACAGUACAACACAGUACUACACAGUACAACAGAGCGCUACAUAGCACUACACAGUACAACACAGUACUACAUAGCACAAAACAGUACAACACAGCACUACACAGUACAACAGAGCGCUACAUAGCACUACACAGUACAACACAGUACUACAUAGCACAAAACAGUACAACAGAGUACUACACAGUACAACAGAGUGCUACAUAGCCCUACACAGUACAGCAGAGCGCUACAUAGCACUACACAGCACUACACAGUACAACAGAGCGCUACACAGCACUACACAGCACUACACACUACAACACAGUACUACAUAGCACAAAACAGUACAACACAGUACUACAUAGUAAUACAACCCAGUACUACAUAGCACUACACAGUACUACAAAGUACUACACAGCACUACACAGCACUACACACUACAACACAGUACUACAUAGCACAAAACAGUACAACACAGUACUACGUAGUAAUACAACACAGUACUACAUAGCACUACACAGUACUACAAAGUACUACACAGCACUACACAGCACUACACACUACAACACAGUACUACAUAACACAAAACAGUACAACACAGUACUACAUAGUAAUACAACCCAGUACUACAUAGCACUACACAGUACUACAAAGUACUACACAGCACUACACACUACAACACAGUACUACAUAGCACUACACUGUAAAACACAGUACUACAUAGCACUACAACACAGUACAACAGAGUACUAAAUACUACAUAGCACUACAACACAGUACAACAGAGUACUAAAUGGCACUACAACACAGUACAACAGAGUUCUAAAUGGCACUACAACACAGUACAACAGAGUACUAAAUGGCACUACAACACAGUACUACAUAGCACUACACAGUACAAGAUAGUACUACACAGAACUGCAACACAGUACUACAUAGCACAACACAGUACAGCACAGUACUACAUAGCACUACAACACAGUACAACAUAGCACUACAACAUAACACUACUACAUAGCACUACAACACAGUACUACCCAACACAAUACUACAUAGCACUACAACACAGUACUACAUAGCACUACAACACAGUACAACAUAACACUACUACAUAGCACUACAACACAGUACAACACAGUACUACCCAACACAGUACUACAUAGCACUACAACACAGUACUAUCCAACACAGAACUCAACACUACACAACCUUAUUAAAAAGUGGAUCUUAUUAAAUACAGUGAGGGGAAAAAGUAUUUGAUCCCCUGCUGAUUUUGUACGUUUGCUCACUGACAAAGAAAUGGUCAGGCUAUAAUUUUAAUGGUAGGUUAAUUUGAACAGUGAGAGACAGAAUAACAACAUCAACAUCCAGAAAAACGCAUGUCAAAAAUGUUAUAAAUUGAUUUGCAUUUUAAUGAGGGAAAUAAGUAUUUGACCCCCUCUCAAUCAGAAAGAUUUCUGGCUCCCAGGUGUCUUUUAUACAGGUAACGAGCUGAGAUUAGGAGCACACUCUUAAAGGGAGUGCUCCUAAUCUCAGUUUGUUACCUGUAUAAAAGACACCUGUCCACAGAAGCAAUCAAUCAAUCAGAUUCUCUCCACCAUGGCCAAGACCAAAGAGCUCUCCAAGGAUGUCAGGGACAAGAUUGUAGACCUACACAAGGCUGGAAUGGGCUACAAGACCAUCGCCAAGCAGCUUGGUGAGAAGGUGACAACAUUUUAACAUUUUAGUCAUUUAGCAGACGCUCUUAUCCAGAGCGACUUACAGUUAGUGAGUGCAUACAUUAUUUUGUUUAUUUUUCAUGCUGGCCCCCCGUGGGAAAUGAACCCACAACCCUGGCGUUGCAAACGCCAUGCUCUACCAACUGAGCUACAUCCCUGCCAGCCAUUCCCUCCCCUACCCUGAACGACACAAUUGUGCGCCGCCCCAUGGGUCUCCCGGUCGCGGCCGGCUACGACAGAGCCUGGAUAGCCUGAUCAUGUCUUUGUCAGUGGGCAAACGUACAAAAUCAGCAGGGGAUCAAAUACUUUUUUCCCUCACUGUAUCAUAUGCAGCACAACAACAGAUCACAUGAUACAAUUCCAACACACACUCACCCCCUCGUCUCCUCCUGGCAGAGGCUUACAGGAGAAAGUACAGAUCAGGUUACUCACACUGUGUGUGUGUGUGUGUGUUUGUGUGUGUGUGUGUGUGUGUGUGUGUGUGUGUGUGUGUGUGUGUGUGUCUGUGUGUGUCUGUGUGUGUGUGUGUGUGUGUGUGUGUGUGUGUGUGUGUGUCUGUGUGUGUGUGUGUGUGUGUGUGUGUGUGUGUGUGUGUGUGUGUGUGUGUGUGUGUGUGUGUGUGUGUGUGUGUGUGUGUGUGUGUGUGUGUGUGUGUGUGUGUGUGUGUCUCUCUCCUACCUAUCUCUUCCAGUUCAGCAGUCAUGGAUUUGGAGCGCAGUGUGAGCGACGUGCUGGGUGCUCUCUUAGGCGGGGGAGGUGCUGUUGGGGGAUGUCAGCCAAUCAAAUCACUCACAGCAUGACAAAAAUCCAUCCAAUCACCUUUAUCACAGAAAUCCACACAGAAACACACACACACACUUUGUCCCGUACCUUUCUUACGGACUAAGUCCGACUCAGGUUUGCGUGUGACUGAAACCACCUUCAUCAGCAGCUGACUUCCUCCCUGACGGAUCAACGACACCACCUGUCUGUGACCCACCUUCACCACAUCACUACCAUUCACCUGACACACACACACACACACACAACCUGUUAAUUCACCAUUCAACCACUGGCCAUUGUAUUUAUGGAAUGUACUUUGCGUCUGUAUUUAAUUGUGUGUGUGCCAUAAACAUGUAUAGAGGACUCUAGUGCCCAAAAGCCCAUUUAGCACGGGCAUUCCAAUGAGGACUUUCACCAUUUUAGCAUGGGCAUUCCAAUGAGGACUUUCACCAUUUUGAAGUAGUCAACUGGGUAAAUCACCAACCUUGGCUUUAUACCAGUUCAGACAAUACACAACUAAUCUUCUCCUUUCCCCCUUCUGAUAACCAGGUGGCGAAUCGCAUCUCUGCAUGUCUGGCAGACAUAUCAGUAUGGAUGACGGAUCACCACCUCAAGCUGAACCCUGGCAAGACGGAGCUGCUCUUCCUCCCGGGGAAGGACUGCCCGUUCCAUGAUCUCGCCAUCACGGUUGACAACUCCGCUGUGUCCUCCUCCCAGAGUGCGAAGAGCCUAGGCGUGACCCUGGACAACACCCUGUCGUUCUCCGCCAACAUCAAGGCGGUGACCCGCUCCUGCAGGUUCAUGCUCUACAACAUUCGGAGAGUACGACCCUGCCUUACACAGGAAGCGGCACAGGUCCUGGUCCAGGCGCUUGUCAUCUCCCGUCUGGACUACUGCAACUCGCUGUUGGCUGGCCUCCCUGCCUGUGCCAUUAAACCCCUACAACUCAUCCAGAAUGCCGCAGCCCGUCUGGUGUUCAACCUUCCCAAGUUCUCUCACGUCACCCCCCUCCUCCGCACACUCCACUGGCUUCCAGUUGAAGCUUGCAUCCGCUACAAGACCAUGGUGCUUGCCUAUGGAGCAGUGAGGGGAACGGCACCUCUGUACCUUCAGGCUCUGAUCAGUCCCUACACCCAAACGAGAGUAUUGCGCUCAUCCACCUCUGGCCUGCUGGCUCCCCUUCCUCUGCGGAAGCAUAGUUCCCGCUCAGCCCAGUCAAAACUGUUCGCUGCUCUGGCACCCCAAUGGUGGAACAAGCUCCCUCACGACGCCAGGACAGCGGAGUCACUCACCACCUUCCGGAGACAUUUGAAACCCCACCUCUUUAAGGAAUACCUGGGAUAGGAUAAAGGAAUCCUUCUACCCCCCCCCCCCCCCCCCCCAAUUGUAAAGUGGUUAUCCCACUGGCUAUAGGGUGAACGCACCAAUUUGUGAGUCGCUCUGGCUAAGAGCGUCUGCUAAAUGACGUUAAUGUGCCCUUGAGCAAGGCACUUAACCCUAAUUGCUCCUGUAAGUCGCUCUGGAUAAGAGCGUCUGCUAAAUGACUAAAAUGUAUGUAAAAUGUAAAUGUAAACACCCUCCAGGGGGCAGUAAAUCACCAACCUUGGCUUUAUACCUGUUCAGACAACACCCUCCAGGGGGCAGUAAAUCACCAACCUUGGCUUUAUACCAGUUCAGACAACACCCUCCAGGGGGCAGUACGCACCCUAUCAGUUUGUUUACCAACAUAGAAGUAGUAGAACAUGAAAAUUGACUACUUCAAAAUGGAGAUGGUCUCAAUGGCACUGUCGUGCACUCACAGACGCCAUAACGCAACAGAUACAACGUUGUGAUCUCUAUACAUCUCUAUGGUGUGUAUAAUACAACAGAUACAACGUUGGGAUCUCUAUACAUCUCUAUGGUGUGUGUUUACCUCAAUGAGGAAGUCCCCAGUGCGUAGCCCUGCCCUCCAGGCCACGCCCUCCAGGUCAACAGACUCCAGGUACUGCAGCGCUGGGAACGCUGGGGUCGGAGCAAACUCCUCUAUAGGGGUCUCCGCUACACACACAACAUGGAUUAUAGAUACAUUCUCCUAACCCUAACCCUGGGAACGCUGGGGUCGGAGCAAACUCCUCUAUAGGGGUCUCCGCUACACACACAACAUGGAUUAUAGAUACAUUCUCCUAACCCUAACCCUAACCCUGGGAACGCUGGGGUCGGAGCAAACUCCUCUAUAGGGGUCUCCGCUACACACACAACAUGGAUUAUAGAUACAUUCUCCUAACCCUAACCCUGGGAACGCUGGGGUCGGAGCAAACUCCUCUAUAGGGGUCUCCGCUACACACACAAAAUGGAUUAUAGAUACAUUCUCCUAACCCUAACCCUAGAUCCAUUCUCCUAACCCUAGAUCCAUUCUCCUAACCCUAACCCUAACCCUAGAUACAUUCUCCUAACCCUAACCCUAGAUCCAUUCUCCUAACCCUAACCCUAGAUCCAUUCUCCUAACCCUAACCCUAGAUCCAUUCUCCUAACCCUAACCCUAACCCUAGAUCCAUUCUCCUAACCCUAACCCUAGAUCCAUUCUCCUAACCCUAGAUCCAUUCUCCUAACCCUAGAUCCAUUCUCCUAACCCUAGAUCCAUUCCAACCCUCUUUACCUUUAGCUCCUCGGAGGACGAAGCCAAAUCCUUCACUGUCUCUCUUCUGUAGCACAGAACUCUUCUCCUCGAUGACAUAAUCACUGAGGUCAGAGGGCAAGGAUCAGUGAUACAAUAGAAGCGGACUUACAAUACCUGUGUGUGUGUGUGCGUGUGCGUGUGUACACAAGUUACCUGUAGGAAGUGUAGUUGUCAUAGGAACCCACGGUGUAAUGUCUGAAAAGCCUCUUGGUGCGAUCCUCUCGUGUUUCUACAUACACCAGCCAACACACACGCACACAAAUCACACACACUGCAGUCAAGAGACAUGUCCUCAUUCUCUGAAACAUGUCCCCCUCCAUUAGAGGGGGUAGGUGUGUUAGAGGACCUGCUAUAGGCUAAGCAGAACACACAUUAUGCUGUGUGUGGGGGUUGGUUUUUCUGUCCCCACAAAGACAGUAAAACAAGGAACAUUCUCUCUGGUGGGGACACUUCCCACGUCCCCAUGAGGACAAAGGCUUAGGGGUUAGGUUUAGGGAUACAAUUAGGGUCAGGGUUAGAAUUAGGGUUAUGGUCAGGGUUAGAAUUAGGGUUUGGAGUUAGGAUUUUGAAUGGAAAUUAAAGUAGGAUUUUGAAAAUAAAUCAAUUUGAGGUCCUCACGAGGAGAGAACAAAAAGUGUGUGUGGGUUACCUAGGCGUGGGUCGUACUGUCUCAUCUGGACCUCUUCAACACAGUCAGCAGGAAACCAGCCGGUCCGUCCUUUAACUGAGCCCUCCCAGAACCCUCCUUCUCCUAUACUCAGCACUGUAACAAUAUCAUAUAUUAAUAUAGGAACACAGUUGAAGUCGGAAGUUUACAUACAUCUUAGCCAAAUACAUUUAAACUCAGUUUUUCACAAUUCCUGACAUUUAAUCCUAGUAAACAUCCCCUGUCUUAGGUCAGUUAGGAUCACCACUUUAUUUUAAGAAUGUGAAAUGUCAGAAUAAUUAUGAAUUAUUUCAGCUUUUAUUUCUUUCAUCAUAUUCCCAGUGGGUCAGAAGUUUACAUACACUCAAUCAGUAUUUGGUAGCAUUGCCUUUAAAUUAUUUAACUUGGGUCAAACGUUUUGUGUAGCCUUCCACAAGCUUCCCACAAUAAGUUGGGUGAAUUUUGGCCCAUUCCUCCUGACAGAGCUGGUGUAACUGAAUCAGGUUUGUAGGCCUCCUUGCUCGCACACGCUUUUUCAGUUCUGCCCACAAAUUUUCUGUAGGAUUGAGGUCAGGGCUUUGUGAUGGCCACUCCAAUACGUUGACUUUGUUGACCAUAAGCCAUUUUGCCACAACUUUGGAAGUAUGCUUGGGGUCAUUGUCCAUUUGGAAGACCCAUUUGUGACCAAACUUUAACUUCCUGACUGAUGUCUUGAAAUGUUGCUUCAAUAUAUCCACAUAAUUUUCCUUCCUCAUGAUGGCAUCUAUUUUGUGAAGUGCACCAGUCCCUCCUGCAGCAAAGCACCCCCACAGCAUGAUGCUGCCACCCCCGUGCUUCACGGUUGGGAUGGUGUUCUUCGGCUUGCAAGCAGCCCCCUUUUUCCUCCAAACAUAACGAUGGUCAUUAUGGGCAAACUAUUUUUGUUUCAUCAGACCAGAGAAUCUUGUUUCUCAUGGUCUGAGUCCAUUAGGUGCCUUUUGGCAAACUCCAAACGGGCUGUCAUGUGCCUUUUACUGAGGAGUGGCUUCCGUCUGGCCACUCUACCAUAAAGGCCGGAUUGGUGGAGUGCUGCAGAGAUGGUUGUCCUUCUGGAACGUUCUCCCAUCUCCACAAAGGAACUGGAGGUCGGUUCUUGGUCACCUUGACAGAGCUCCAGAGUUCCUCUGUGGAGAUGGGAGAACCUUCCAGGACAACCAUCUCCCCCAAUUGCUCAGUUUGACCGGACGGCCAGCUCUAGGAAGAGUCUUGGUGGUUCCAAACUUCUUCCAUUUAAGAAUGAUGGAGGCCACUGUGUUCUUCGGGAUCUUCAAUGCUGAAGAAAUGUUUUGGUACCCUUCCUCAGAUCUGUGCCUCGACACAAUCCUGUCUCGGAGUUCUACGGACAAUUCCUUCGACAUCAUGGCUUGGUUUUUGCUCUGACACGCACUGUCAACUGUGGGACCUUACAUAGACAGGUGUGUGCCUUUCCAAAUCAGGUCCAAUCAAUUGAAUUUACGACAGGUGGACUCCAAUCAAGUUGUAGAAACAGCUCAAGGUUGAUCAAUGGAACAGGAUGCACAUGAGCUCAAUUUUUUGUCUCAUAGUAAAGGGUCUGAAUACUUAUGUAAAUAAGGUAUUUCUGUUUUUAAUUUUUUAUAAAUGUGCAACUUUUUCCAAAAACCUGUUUUUGCUUUGUAAUUAUGGGGCAUUGUGUGUAUAUUGAUGAUUGAAAAAAAUGAUUUCAUCCAUUUUAGAAUAAGGCUGUAACGUAAAUAAAUGUGUACAGUCAAAGGGUCUGAAUACUUUCCGAAUGCACUGUAUAUACAUAAUACAUAACAAUAUACUAACUUAGCAUUGUACCAAUACAACAUAUUAAUAUAGGAAUAUAUACAUAACAAUAUACUAACUUAGCAUUGUACCAAUACAACAUAUUGAUAUAGGAAUAUAUACAUAAUACUAUACUAUACUAACUAUAGCAACCCCCCCUUCUCCUAUAAUCAGCACUGAACAAUAUAACAUAUUCAUAUAUUAAUAUAGGAAUGUUGGUUCCCCUAACCCUGUCUUUUGGUCCCUGUUGUUGGCCCUUUAACCCCUUUGUUGGUUCCCUUAACCCUGUCUUUUGUUCCAAAACCCCGUCUUUUGGUUUCCCUUUAAACCCUUUUUUGGUUCCUCAAAACCCUGUCUUUUGGGUUCCCUUAAACCCCGUCUGUGGUUUCCCUCUGCGCCCUCAACCCUGUUUGGGGUUUUCCUCAAACCCUUUUUGGGUUUUUUCCUCUAACCCGUUUUUGGGUUUCCUCAAACCUGUUGGGGUUUUCCCUAUUUUUGGGUUCCCAACCCUGCUUUGGUUCCCUUCUUUUGGGUUUCCUGUUGUUGGUCCUUAACCCUUCUUGGGUUCCUCAACCCUGUUUUGGUUCCUGUCUUUGGUUCCUUUAACCCUGUCUGUUGGUUCCCUGUCUUUUGGUUCCUCAACCUGUCUGUUGGUUCCUUAACCCUGUCGUUUUUCCCUGUCUGUUGGUUCCACAAAACCUGUCUGUUGGUUCCCUGUCUGUGGUUUCCCUUACCCGUCUGUUGGUUCCAAAACCCCGUCUUUUGGUUUUCCUUAACCCUGUCUGUGGUUCCUCUAACCCCGGGUUUUGGGUUCCCUCUAAAAAACCCUUUUUUGGUUUCCCUCUAACCCUUUUGUUGGUUCUCCCCCCUGUCUUUUGGUUCCUCAAACCCCGUCUGUGGUUCCCGCUUUUGGUUCCUCAACCUGUCUGUUGGUUCCCUUUUUUGGGUUUCCCAACCCCGUCUGCGGGUUCCCUUUAAAACCCUGUCGGGGGUUUCCCCUGUCGUUGGUUCCUCAAAACCCUGUCGGGGUUUUCCCUGUCGUUUUCCCUCUAACCCUGUGUUGGUUCCUUAAACCUGUCUUUUGGUUCCCCUAACCCUGUCGUGGUUCCCGUCUUUUGGGUUUCCUCAACCCGCUUUUUGGUUCCCAAACCCGUAUUUUGGUUUCCUUAACCCUGUUGGGGUUUCCUCUAACCUGUCGUUGGUUUCCCUUUAAACCCUGUCUGUUUGGUUCCUCCCCUGUCCGGGUUUUCCCUUUUGUUGGUUCCUCAAAACCCUGUCUGUUGGUUCCUCAAACCCGUUUUGGUUUCCUUAACCUGUUUUUUGGUUCCCUGUCUCUGGUUCCUCUACCCGUUUUUUGGUUUCCUCAAAACCCUGUCUUUUGGGUUCCUUAAAACCCCUGUCUUUUGGGUUUUCCUCAACCCUGUUGGGGUUCCCUGUCUUUUGGUUCCUAACCCUGUCUUUUUGGUUUCCCUUUCAACCCGUUUGUUGGGUUUCCUAAAAACCCUGUUGUGGUUCCUGUCGUUGUUCCUCAACCCUGUUUUUUGGUUUCCCUUCCCCCCCUGUUGUUGGUCCCUGUGUUGGUUCCUUAACCUUCUUUGGGUUUCCUGUUGUUGGUUUCCUUAACCCUGUCGCUGGUUCCUUAACCCUGUUGGGUUCCUCAACCCCUGUCUGGGGGUUUCCCUGCUUUUGGUUUUCCCUUUUUGUGGUUCCUCUAACCCGUCUGCGGGUUCCUUCGUUGGUUUUCUCAAAACCUGUCUUUUGGUUCUCUAACCCUUUCUGUGGUUCCUCAAACCCCGUUUUUGGUUCCCUCAAACCCCUGCUUUUUGGUUUCCCCCUUUUUUUUGGGUUCCUUAACCCUGUCUGUUGGCCCCUGUUUUUGGUUCCCUUUAAACCCUUUUUGGUUCCUUAACCCGUCUGUUGGUUCCCUGUUUUUGGUUUCCCAAACCCUGUCUGGGGUUUUCCUCAAACCCUGUUGUGGUUUCCCCCUAACCCUGUCUGUUGGUUCUCAACCGUCUGUUGGUUCCCUGUUGGGUUCCUCUAACCCGUCGGGUUCCCUAACCCGUUUUUUCCCCCUAACCCUGUUUUUGGUUCCCUGUCUUUUGGGGUUCCUCAAAACCCUGUUGCGGGUUUUCCUCAACCCUGUCUUUUGGCCCCGUUGUUGGUUCCUCAACCCCUGUCUUUUGGGUUUCCUCUAACCCUGUUGUUGGUUUCCCCCAACCCCGUUGUUGGUUUCCAGUUGUUGUUUCCUAAACCCUGUCUUUUGGUUUCCCCCAACCCCGGUUGUUUUUUCCCUGUCUUUUGGUUCCUCAAACCCCUUUUGCGGUUCCGUUUUGGGGCCUUAAACCCGCUGUUUUUUUUCCCUGUCUGUUGGUUCCUCAAACCCCGUUGUUGGUUCUUAACCCCGUCUUUUGGUUCCCCCUAACCCUUUGUUUUUCCCCUGUCUGGGGUUCCUCAACCCUGUUUUUUCCCCCCGUCUGUUUUUUCCUCUAACCCUGCUUUUGGUUUCCCCUUUUGUUUUUUUCAAUACCCGUUUUUUUUGGUUCCUCAACCCUGUUGUUGGUUCCCAAAACCCUGUUGUUGGUUUCCCUCUAACCCGUCUGUUGGCCCCUGUUGUUGGCCUCUAACCCUUUUGUUGGUUCCUCAACCCUGUCUGUUGGUUCCCAAAACCCGUUUUUGGUUUUCCCGUCGUUGGUUCCUCUAACCCGUUGCGGGUUCCCUCUAACCCGUUCCGGGUUCUCUAACCUGCUUUUGGGUUCCCUCUAACCUGCUUUGGUUCCCUGUCUGUUGGUUCCUUAACCCUGUUUGGGUUCCUCAAACCCCUUUUGUUGGUUCCUCAAACCCCGUCUGUUGGCCCCUUCUUUUGGUUCCUCUAACCCUGUCUGUUGGUUCCCUUAAAACCCUGUUGUUGGUUCCCCUAACCCGUCUUUUGGUUCCCUGCUUUUUGUUCUCAAAAACCCCUGUCUGUGGUUCCCCAAACCCUUUUAUUUGGCCCUUAAAACCCGUCUGUUUUCCCUGUCUUUUGGGUUUCCCUCAAACCCUGUUUUGGGUUUUUUUUAACCCGUUUUUGGGUUCCUGUUGUUGGGUUUCCUCUAACCUGUUUUUGGGUUUCUAACCCUGCUGCGGGUUCCUUUAAACCCCUGUCUUUGGGUUCCCGUCUUUUUGGUUCCUUUAACCCGUUUUUGGGUUCCUCAACCCUGUUGUGGUUCCUAACCCCGUCUGUUGGUUCCCUGUCGUUUUUUCCUCUAACCCUGUUGUUGGGUCCCCAACCCCCUUGGGUUGGUCCCAAACCCUGUCUUUUGGUCCCUGUUGUGGUUUCCCUCAAACCCCGUCUUUUGGGUUUUCCUCUAACCGUCUGUUGGCCCCCCGUCUUUUGGUUCCCUCAACCCUGUCUUUGGGUUCCUCUAACCCUGUUGUGGUUCCUCAAAACCGUUUUUGGUUUUUUCCCUUUUGUUUUCCCUUAACCGUCCUUUUCCCUCUAACCCCUGUCGCUGGCCUCAAACCCCGUCUUUUUGGUUUCCCCCUUCGUUGGGUUUCCUCUCCCCCUGUCUUUUGGGUUUUCCUCUCCCCUGUUUUUGUUCCUCUAACCCCCUGUUGCUGGUUCCUCUAACCCUGUCUGUUGGUUUUCCCUGUCUGUUGGUUCCCCUGUUGCGGUUCCUUAACCUGUCUGUUGGUUCCUCAACCCCUUUUGUUUGGCUCCUCAAAACCCUGUUUUUGGGUUUCCCCUCAAACCCCGUUGCUGGUUCCUCAAAACCCUGUCUGCGGUUUUUAAACCUUUGUUGGUUCCCCUGUUUUUGGUUUCCUCAACCCCUUUUUUGGGUUCCUUAACCCUGCUUUUGGGUCCUUAACCCUUCGUUGGUUUCCCUUUAACCCCUGCUUUUGGGUUUCCCCUCAAACCCGUAUGUUGGGCCCUUUAAAACCCUGUUGUGGUUCCCUUAACCCUGUCUGCGGUUCUCUAACCCGGUCGUGGUUCCGCGUGGUUCCCUUAAACCCCUGUUGCUUUUUCCCAAAACCCCUGUCUGUUGGGUUUCCCCUGUUGUUGGGUUCCUCUCCCCCGUCGUUGGUCCUCUAACCCUGUCUGUUGGUUCCCUCUCCCCGUUGGGGUUCCCUACCCUGUCUUUUGGGUUUCCCCUGUUGUUGGUUUCCCCCGGUCUUUUGGUUUCCUCUAACCCGUUUUGUUCCUCUAAAUUCUUUUGGGUUUCCUUUAACCCCUUCUGUUGGUUUUUAACCCCUGUCUGCGGUUCCCCUCCCCUGUCUGUGGUUCCUCAACCCUGUUUUGGUUUCCUCAAACCCCGUCUGUGGUUCCCUGUUUUUGGUUUCCCCUGUGUUGGUUCCCAAACCCCGUCUGUUUUUUCUCUAACCUGUUGUUGGUUUCCCUCUAACCCGCGGGUUCCUCAACCCUGUCUGUUGGUUCCUCAACCCUGUUUUUGGGUCCUCAAACCUGUCGUUGGGUUCCCUAACCUGUCUUUUGGGUUCCUCCCCCCUGUCUGUUGGUCCUCAAAACCUGUCGGGGUUCCUAACCCCUGUUGGUUCCUCAAAACCGUUUUUGGUUCCUCAAACCCGGUUGCUGGGUUCCCUGUUUUGUUCCCCUGUUUUUGGGGUUCCUUAACCCCUGCGUUGGUUCCUCUAACCCGUCUGUGGUUCCUCAACCCCUGUUGUGGUCCCUUAACCUGUUUUUGGGUUUCUAACCCUGUUGUUGGUUCCUCUCCCUGUUGUUGGUUUCCAAACCCCUGUCUUUUGGGUUCCCUUAAACCUUUUGUUGGUUCCCUCUAACCCUGUCUUUUGGGUUUUCCUCAACCCGUCUUUUUCCUUUAAACCCGUUGCGGGUUUUCCUCAACCCUGUCUGUUGGUUCCUUAACCCGGUUGUUGGGUUCCUCUAACCCUGUCUGUUGGCCUUAACCCUGUCUUGGUUUUCUAACCUGUUGUUGGUUUCCUCUAACCCUGUCGCGGUUUCCCGUCUUUUGGGUUUCCCUCAAACCCUUCGGGUUCCCUCAACCCUGUCUUUUGGGUUCCCUUCUUUUUGUUCCUCAAACCCCUGUCUGUUUUUCCUCUAAUGCUGUUGGUUCCUCUAACCGGUCUUUGGCCCCUGUUUUUGGGUUUCCCCUUAACCCGUUCUGUUGGUUCCUCUAACCCUGCUUUUGGUUCCUCAACCCUUCUUUGGUUCCUUAACCCUGUCUGGGGUUUCCCGUUGGGGUUUCCCUCAACCCUUUUGUUGGUUUCUAACCCUGUUGUUUUUUUCCCCCCCUGUCUUUGGUUCCUCAAACCCGUCUUUUGGUUCCCUGUCUGUUGGUUCCUCUAACCCUGUCUUUUGGUUUCCCUUUAAACCCUGUCUUUUGGGUUCCUCAAACCCGUCUUUUGGUUCCUUAACCUUUUUUGGGUUCCUAACCCUGCUUUUGGGUUCCUCUCCCCUGCUGUUGGUUCCUCUAACCCUGUUGUUGGGUUUCCCCUGUCUUUUGGGUUCCCCCUUCCCCCUGUUGUGGUUCCCAACCCUGUUUUUGGUUUCCCCCCAAACCCCUGUCUGUUGGUUCCUCAAACCCGUCGUUGUUCCCUAACCCCUUUUUUGGGUUUCCCUCAAACCCGUCUGUUGGUUCCUCAAAAACCUUUUGUUUUCCCCUUUUUCUGUGGUUCCCUAACCCUGGUUGGUUCCUUAACCCUGUCGUUGGUUCCUUAACCCCAGUCUGGGGUUCCCUUGUUUUUUCCCCUGUUUGGGGUUUCCCUCUAACCGUCUUUUGGUUCUCUAACCCUUCUUUUGGGUUCCUCAAACCCCGUCUUUUGGUUUCCCUUAAACCCUGUUUUUGGGUUUCCUCUAACCUGUUGUUGGUUCCUCUAACCCUGUCUGGGUUCCCUGUCUUUUGGUUUUUAAACCCUGUUGUUUUUCCCUUUAACCGUCUUUGGUUCCUCAAACCCCGUCUUUUGGUUUCCUCAAACCCGUCUGUGGUUCCUCAACCCCUUUUUUUGGUUCCUUAACCCGUUGUUGGUUCCUCUAACCCGUCUUUUGGUUCCCAAAACCCUGUCUUUUGGGUUUUCCCUGUCUGGGGUUUCCUUUAAAGUAUUGGCCGUGGGGGAAGACAUGAGGGAGAGAGAGGAGGAGGUUCCCUUUGACUCUCUCCCCCGAUGCAGGCAUCUCUCCGGUCCCGCGGUUUGGGUGAGGGUGUUGCAUGAACGUUUCCCCGGCACGGCGCUUAAGCCUAAGUUUCCCCCACGCGGCCGGGGUGGGGGGAGAUGGGGGGGACUGGGGUCCCUCUGUACCCUGCCCGGGCUAUACAAAAACCCCCCAAAGGAUCCCAACAUGCAAACAGACAUACACAACAAACAAGACACAGGAGGUGGUUUUCUUUGUUGUCUGCUUUUGUCUGUCGUUGUCGUUGGGGUUGUUAUCUGCAGUCUGUGUCUGUUGUCGUCUGUGUUUUUUUCUUUUCGUCUGGCUUGUGUGUUGUCUGUGGGUGUGUCUACUAUUUUUUUUCUGUUACUUUUGGUGGGCUGUUGUCGUCCUGUCUGUACCUGAGGCGCCGUGUCUGUCUGCAAAGGCUGUGUGUGUCUGUCUGUCUGUCUGUCUGGCUCUGUCUGUCUGUCUGUCUGUGGGUGUGUCUAUCUGUCUGUCUGUCUGUCUGUCUGUCUGUCUGUACCUGAGGCGCCGUGUCUGUCUGCGAAGGCUGUGUGUGUCUGUCCGUCUGUCCGUCUGCCGGUUGGAAGUUUGCGUGUUCUCCAGGCUGUGGAGGGAGGGGCCAGGGGAAGAAGAGGCGGGGCUUUCAAGAGCGUUGUCGCUGGCUGAGCGAAUCAGAUAACGGGGAGAUGACAAGCCACACCCACCAACAUUACUGGCCCCACCCAGAC